AUUGGCAAAGAAACUGGUUACUUCAUACCUCAUCAUGCUGUAACCACAAAAUUUCGCGUGGUUUUCAACGCUUCCGCGAAGACUUCUAAUGGGACACCCUUAAACGAUACACAGUUUUCUGGACCUCAGUUACACGCAAAUAUUGUCGACAUUCUUAACCGUUUUCGCAAAUUCAACGUAGCAAUUACUGCAGACGUUAAGAAAAUGUUCCGACAAAUAUUGAUAGACACACGACAUCGUAAAUGGCAACGAAUACUCUGGCGAGAAUCACCAGAUGAACCUCUUCAAGUAUAUGAAUUGAAGACGGUAACUUAUGGAAUGGCUUGUAGCCCAUUCAACGCAAUACGCGUACUGCGUCAAUGUACGAAUGACAAUUAUAAGGUCAUCUAUGACCCAAGCCGGGCUGUCGCAGCGCGUCAUAGCAUACUUUAUAAUUUCUACGUUGAUGACUAUUUGGAUAGCGUCGACAGCGACGAACAUGCCGUUACCCGAGCUCAAGACGUAGCAACGGUUUUGAAACAAGGGCAAUUAAUAUUGGGAAAGUGGAAUUCCAACUCUACACAUGUAUUAUCAACAAUAACCGGUACAACAGUUUCCGCAUCGGAACUGGAGUUAGACAACUCAACGACAAAGGUAUUGGGUCUUUACUGA